UGGACUAUAAAUUCAUGGUCACCAUUGCCCUUUCUGUCAGCUCGACAGAUUUUGACAAUAACAAGGAGAGACUGUUACAACCUUGAUCUCACACUCUUCUCUCUAGUUGUGAAAAAUGGCUUCAGAUCCGAAGGUUCACGUUUUUGAAGAAGUGGCUAAGCACAACAGCACCAAAGAUUGUUGGCUUAUUAUUUCUGGGAAGGUGUAUGAUGUAACCUCAUUCAUGGAUGAUCAUCCCGGAGGUGAUGAAGUCCUCUUAUCUGCAACAGGGAAGGAUGCGACAAAUGAUUUUGAAGAUGUGGGGCACAGUGAUUCUGCUAGAGAGAUGAUGGACAAAUACUGCAUUGGUAAGAUUGAUGCAUCCACUGUUCCGGCAAGAAGGAAUUAUCUUCCACCCCCUCAAGCUCCUUACAGUCAUGAUAAGCCCCCAGAGUUUUUGAUUAAGGUUUUGCAGUUUCUCGUUCCCCUAUUGAUCUUGGGUUUAGCCUUUGCUGUCCGACACUUCACCAAGAAAGAGUAGUAGUUCUGUUUACAGUGUACCCCUCUGAAGGGUGAGUCAUUGUCCACAUUUUGAGCAAUUGAAAGAGACAGUUGCUUUCUCGUACGUGUUUCAAUUUCUCUGUGAUUUGUCUGUGUCAGCGUUGAGCAGUUGUGUUAGUGAUCUGAACUAUGUUGAACUUCAUUGGAUGAUAUGAGCAAGAGCGGUGGCUGUUUUCAGUCUUCGGCAA